AUGCCGAGCUCUCCAGCGCCUACCAGGUUCUGCGUGCUCCUGUACCCAGGAUUCGAGCCCCUCGAUGUCUUCGGGCCCGUCGAGGUCUUCCAAACACUCUCCCGCACACACCCAAUCCACCUCUCCUUCCUCUCCGCCUCCUCCGACCCCGCUCUCGACCCCGUCUCGACCGCACCUCCACCUGGCGCCCCGACCAGCAACCCGCGCGGCUCGAUCGCCUGGACGUCCGUCGCGCCCACCCACACUCUCGCCUCUCCGCCCUCGGACACCGAGGUCCUCCUCGUCCCCGGGGGAGUCGGCUCGCGCUCGCCCGGCUCCGCACCCGGCGCGUGCAUCGACUACAUCACAGCGACGUACCCGCGCCUGCGCUCGCUCCUGAGCGUGUGCACGGGCGCGGAGCUCCUCGCACGCUCGGGUGUGCUCGCCGGGCGGCGCGCGACGGGGAACAAGAAGCACUGGGGGCGCAUCACCGCCGCGGAUCCGGCCGCAAAGUGGGAGAAGAAGGCGCGGUGGGUGCGCGACGGGAACAUCUGGACGUCGGGAGGGGUGAGCGCCGGGACGGACAUGGCGCUUGGGUGGGUCGCCGCGCACUUCGGUGAAGAGGUCGCGCGCGCGGUCGCGAACGACAUCGAGUACGAGUGGCGAAACGACCCGGAGUGGGACGUGUUCGCGUACGUGUGGUCGUAG